AUGUCUCAGAUAUUCACCUUGAAGAGUCAUACGUCAACGUUGUCCAUUGAUUUUGUGAAUCCGAUUAGAUUAGAGGAUGGGUCUGAUUACGGUUUGAGUUUAUUGUCUUUUUAUUCCUAUAAUAGUGUACCUAACAUUGACGAGGGACACAAUAAAUUUUAUUAUUACGAGAACAACAACAAAAAUCGAGAAAAAAAUAUCGUCAUUCCUACGGGUGCGUAUGAAAUAGAAGAUAUUGAAUCCUAUAUUAAGAAACACAUUGUUGACGGUGGUGGUGGCGGUGGUGAGGGUGGUGAUCGAGUGAAAGACGUUUUUUCGCUGAAACCUAAUCUGAAUACGCUCAAGUGUGAACUGUACAGUUCAGUGCAUGGCAUUAACUUUCAACCAAAGGAUUCCAUCGCAUACGUUUUAGGAUAUUCUCCAUCAAGAGUCUUGGAACCUAGGAUUUAUCACCAAUCAGAUCUUCCCGUUAAUAUAGUUAAAGUUAGAACUAUCCAUAUCGAUAGCAAUAUUACUGUUGGAGCUUUCUACAAUGAUAGACCUUCACAUACCAUAUACGAAUUCUCUAUUACAGACGAGGCUGGGUGUGCAAUUAACGAAAGUCCUAAAAACUUGAUUUAUCUACCAGUGAAUCAACGUGAAAUAAAUAACAUUACUUUGAUGGUGCUCGAUCAAAAUUUUGAAUUAGUGCACUUUAGAGGAGAAGAAAUCAUCAUACGUUUGGAGUUGAAAAAAUUAUAA